UUUGGUCACGUGACAUAACACCCCAAUGAAGGUGUAAUAUACUGCGGACCACUCCCAGAUGUGACCAAUGAGAAGUUCGCUUAGUUUUCGUCCGGGUUUGCAUAGUGGCAGUCAUGGCGCCCCCCGUGAGAUACUGCGUCCCUGGCGAACGUCUGUGUAACUUGGAAGAGGGCAGCCCGGGCAGCGGCACCUACACUCGGCAUGGCUACAUCUUUUCGUCGCUGGCCGGCUGCCUGACCAAGAGCAGCGAGAACGGCGCGCUUCCUGUGGUGUCUGUGAUGAGAGAGACAGAAUCCCAGUUAUUGCCAGAUGUGGGAGCUAUUGUCACCUGUAAGGUCUCUAGCAUCAAUUCACGGUUUGCUAAAGUGCACAUCUUAUAUGUAGGGUCUACACCACUUAAGAACUCUUUCCGAGGAACUAUCCGCAAGGAAGAUGUCCGAGCGACUGAAAAAGACAAGGUUGAAAUUUAUAAGAGUUUCCGCCCAGGUGACAUUGUCUUGGCCAAAGUGAUAUCCCUAGGUGAUGCACAGUCCAAUUACCUGCUGACCACUGCUGAAAAUGAGCUGGGAGUGGUAGUGGCCCACAGUGAAUCAGGUGUCCAGAUGGUUCCCAUUAGCUGGUGUGAGAUGCAGUGCCCGAAGACUCAUACGAAAGAAUUCCGGAAAGUGGCCCGAGUUCAGCCUGAAUUCUUGCAGACCUAAGAAGCCACAUUUUAUUGCAGGGAGGGGAGUAAGCUAUUAUACAUGUAUAAAAAUUACAUUGAGAUGUCAUGGUCUUUAUUCACAUACCUAGGAUCAGCCAACAACCACCUCUAGAAAAAUCUGCUGGUAAUUUACUCUAUGGAUAGACCAUUAUUCUUAUGAAGCUUUUAGUGAAUUUCAUCCUCCUGAAUGAUGAAACAUCUCUUUUAGAGACACCAGCAAACAAAACUAUAUAAUAUUGGAAAUAGCCUAUUCCUCCUGACAGUCAUUAGAAAUAAUGUAUUUUUUACUGUGACAAAACAUUUUUAUAUCCAGGCAUGAUAGCACAUACCUGUAAUCCCAGCACUCAGGAGGCUGAGGCAAGAAGAUUGUUAUGAGUUCAAGACCAGCCUGGGGUAUAUAUACAAUUGAAGGCUAGCCUGUACUACAUAUCAAGACCCUGUCUCUAAAGACAAACAGGAAAAAAAAAAAUAACAGGCCAGGCAUGGUGG